UAAAGAAGAGGAAUGAAAUCCAAGACAGGAAGAUGCCAAAAUGUGAAAGGGGCUGUAAAUUGAGAGUAGCGAGCGGAGGGUGAGAGGCUCCGUGAGAGAGUUGUGCGAGAUAGUCAUAGUUAGGGUUUACGCGCAUUUCGUAGUGUAGAUUUUUGACGCUCUUGGAUUGUUGAUCGAGCCUCACGGUGGUGACAGCCCGUGAGCACCUCGGCGUUGCUUUUACGGUUUAUUUCUUAGUAGUUUAGAUUUCUAUUUUAUUUCAUUUUUUUUCUUUCUUUAAACAGAUUCUAGUUUAUUUUCUUUUUAAAAUUACAUGUCUUUUAUUUUUAAUUUCCCCACCUUGUCUUUUAGUUAGUUAAUAAUAAAUAAAAUAAAAGAUUUAACUCUACACUUUAAGCUUAAUUUUAGUUGAGUCCUUGGAUUGAUCCCGAGGUUUUCCCUUCUACUACAUUAGUGGGGAAACUUAGGUUUUGUUCUCUUUUUGUGGGACCAAAUCGAGUUUAACCAUACUUUUGUAAUUAAAAAAUAUUUGGGGAGGUGCAGGGAACAUUUGGUGGUGGUGGAGAGAGCAACACUCAAAGAAAAAGAGAACAAAACCCAUUUUCGCCCAAGCCCCAUUAGCCAUUACAUCUCAUAGUCCUGACCUAAACUCAAUUAGCGUAACCGUGUGACAAGAAAACAACGGGAGUUUCAGAUUACGCGGUCAGUGUUGGACAUUGUGAUAACCAUUACGAGACUUAGUGUCAUCAAGAACGAUGAGUAUCUUGCAAGGGAAACGCAAGCGCCAAGACCUGGCUUCUGCACUCUCUGCGUCAAUGACCAACGAGGAGCGGGUGAUUUACAAUAUCAUUCGCGGGAAGAAGGAGAUGGGGAUAUGGCAAGGGGACAUCAAAAGAGAAACCAACAUCCCUGACAGCAUUUUGAAGAAAUCCAUCAAGUUGCUAAUCUCCAAGACUCUUAUCAAGGAAGUUGUGAACAUCCAAAACAAGUCCAAGAAGGUGUUGAUGGCCAUGGAAUUCGAGCCCUCUAAGGAGAUCACUGGUGGAGAGUGGUAUACCGAAGGCAGGCUCGACACACAGCUCAUUGAUGCUCUGUCUGAUGUCUGCUUGAAGCUUAUUUCCCGGAAAAAGAUCGCUACCCGCGAUGCAAUCCUCGAGUGGACUAGAACCUUAGGAAGUGAGGUUUUUCCUGGGGGAGUCACUCCAGGACAGGUGGAACAAAUUUUGAAAGUUUUGGUUAUGGAAAAUAAGUUACAAGAGGUGAACAGCACUGGCUUUGGGGAUUUUUCAUCUGUGCCUGCUGGUGAAGUUUGUUUUAGGCUGGCGAAAAAGGUGGGUUUCCUCUGGAGUUCAACUGGAAAUAUCCCAUUUGGAUGUUUUGUAUUAUGGCUUGAGAUGCCUAAUCCUCCGCUGGGAGGGGGUGUGUCAGAGAUUGUACACCGAGUAAGAAUAUGAUCAAAUUAUAGUAUAUGAGUGAAUAUUAAUUUCAUAUUACAAAUUAAUAUUGAGGUUAAGUUAGAUUUAAAGAUAUACAAUCACCAGGUAAUACAAUUUUCAA